AUGCAAGCAUGCUUCUUUCGCGCCCUUCAUAGACGCCUCGGAGCGUGUAACGUCAACGCGCCCAAGAUCAACCAUGCCUACUCGUAUACCCGCCUCUUCCACGCAGCACCCUGCAGACUAGCCCAGGCCGCUAAGGUGCAAUCCGACCUCGAGAAACGUAUCGCUGCCAUACCCAUCGAGCGCUUUCGCAACUUCUGCAUUGUCGCUCACGUCGACCAUGGNAAAAGUACCUUGAGCGACCGCCUGCUGGAGAUCACCGGUGUCAUUGANAAAGGUGGAAAUGCCCAGAGCCUGGACAGGCUCGAUGUCGAACGAGAAAGAGGUAUCACUGUCAAGGCUCAGACAUGUACCAUGCUAUACAACCACAAGGGUCUCGACUAUAUGUUGCACCUGGUCGACACUCCUGGUCACGUCGACUUCAGAGCAGAGGUCUCGAGAAGUUAUGCCAGUUGUGGUGGAGGUGCGUUGUCUAGUAGCCCCAAUCUCAACAACAACCAUGCGCUGACCAUGUCCAUACANGCUUUGCUAGUCGUUGAUGCAAGUCAGGGUGUGCAGGCACAGACCGUCGCCAACUUCUACCUUGCUUUCUCCCAGGGUCUCACCCUCGUCCCCGUCAUCAACAAGAUCGAUCUGCCCACAGCCGACGCCCCACGAGCACUUGAACAGAUCAAGGAUACUUUCGAGUUGGAUCCCAAGAAGGCAGUUCUAGUUUCAGCAAAGUCUGGUAUCAAUGUCGAGGCACUGCUCCCUAGCGUCGUCGAGAACAUCCCCGCUCCUGUAGGAGAUGAAAACAAGCCGUUGCGUCUUCUCCUAGUAGAUUCGUGGUACGACAAUUACAAGGGUGUCAUCUUGCUGGUUCGCAUUUUCCAAGGACAAGUCAAGCCAGGCGACCAUGUCACUUCGUUCGCUACUGGCAUUAAAUACUAUGUUGGCGAGGUCGGAAUCAUGUACCCUCUUCAGACACCCAUGACGGUUUUGCGCGCUGGUCAGGUCGGCUACAUCUACUUCAACCCUGGAAUGAAGCGUUCACAAGAUGCCAAAGUUGGCGACACCUACACCACUGUCGGCUCGGAGAAGCUUGUUGAGAUGCUACCUGGCUUUGAGGAGCCUAAACCCAUGGUUUUCGUUGCUGCAUUCCCUGUCGACCAAAGCAACUACGAGCAUCUGGAGGACAGCAUUAAUCAGAUCGUGCUUAACGAUCGUAGUGUCUACGUCCAAAAAGAGUCAUCGGAAGCUCUGGGUGCAGGUUGGCGUCUCGGGUUCUUGGGCACGUUACAUUGCUCAGUCUUUGAGGAUCGUCUUCGACAAGAGCACGGAGCGAGUAUCAUCAUCACUCCUCCGUCCGUACCAUUCAAGAUCAUAGACCANAAGGGCAAAGAGACAAUUGUCUCGAACCCGAACGAUUUCCCAGAAACCGAUACACUGCAUCAAAAGGUACAUGAGCUUCAGGAACCGUUCGUCCUUGCCACCAUCACCAUGCCUGAAGAGUAUCUCGGCAAAGUCAUCGAGCUGUGCGAAGGCAACCGAGGUGUACAGAGCGAGCUCACAUUCUUCACAUCAACCCAAGUAAUUCUGAAGUACGAAUUGCCGCUAGCGCAACUCGUAGAUGACUUCUUUGGAAAGCUAAAGGGCUUGACUAAAGGUUAUGCGUCCCUAGAUUACGAAGAUGCUGGUUGGCGCAAGUCUAGCAUUAUCAAGCUGCAAUUGCACGUCAACAAAAUCCCCGUUGAUGCAGUCGCUCGUGUUUGUCAUCACAGUCAAGCUGAGCGCAUCGGCAAGCAAUGGGUCACAAAGUUCAAGGAGCAUGUUGAUCGACAAAUGUUUGAGAUUGUCAUUCAGGCUGUUGCUGGCAGAAGAAUUGUUGCUCGUGAAACCAUCAAGCCUUUCCGAAAGGAUGUUCUGGCAAAGCUUCACGCAGCCGAUACCAGUAGAAGAAGGAAGCUGCUCGAAAGGCAGAAAGAAGGAAGGAAGAAGCUCAGAGCUGUUGGCAACGUUGUGAUUGACCAGAAAGCAUUCCAGGGCUUCUUGGCGAAGUGA